AUGGGCGCUUCAAGCAGGGCGCUGUCCAUGGUUCCGACCGUCCUCCUGGCUUUGGCUCUUCCCGCUUUCCCGGUCUGGGCGCAGAACGACACGGAGCCCAUCGUGCUGGAAGGGAAAUGUUUGGUAGUUUGCGAUUCCAACCCGGCUACCGACUCCAAGGGCUCGUCGUCUUCUCCUCUGGGGAUCUCCGUACGGGCUGCUAAUUCCAAGGUUGCCUUUUCGGCGGUCAGGAGUACCAACCACGAACCUUCCGAGAUGAGCAACAAAACCAGGAUAAUCUACUUCGAUCAGAUCCUAGUAAACGUGGGGAAUUUCUUUACGUUGGAGUCUGUCUUCGUAGCACCAAGAAAAGGAAUUUACAGUUUUAAUUUCCAUGUAAUUAAAGUCUAUCAGAGCCAAACAAUCCAGGUGAACUUGAUGCUAAAUGGGAAACCGGUCAUUUCUGCAUUUGCCGGGGACAAAGAUGUCACUCGUGAAGCUGCAACAAAUGGAGUUCUACUCUAUCUAGACAAGGAAGAUAAGGUUUACCUGAAACUGGAGAAAGGUAAUCUGGUUGGUGGAUGGCAGUAUUCAACAUUUUCUGGCUUCCUGGUCUUCCCCCUGUAA